GAUGAAACUUCCACCAAACUGAGUGAUGGCCGCCGUCGUGUCUGUAAGCACCGCUGGCAGAGAUGAGAACACAGACACCGGGCCCGGCUUCGCCUCCCGUCCGCUUAACGGAAGUUAUGACCUCGCUGCGGAACAAGAAGAGUGGGCGGCUGGAGGUCGCGGGUUCUCCGAACUUUCCUCCGGCGGGGAAGAAGAYGAGACGGCCGGACGCGAGUGUCAGCGAAGGGUCGACGAGGACGUGAUAUCACUCAGCCCUGAAGAGAUUGAGAGCCGACUGGACAGAACACGCCGGGAGUUUUACAACCGCAGGAAAAUAAUAAUAAAAAGUUUACCUUCUGACGUUAGUAAUCAGGAGGUCCAUGAGCUGUUGGGAAGCUACGACUUGAAGUACUGCUUUGUUGACAAAUACAAGGGCACAGCGUUUGUGACCCUUCUCAACGGGGAGCAGGCCCAGCGCGCCAUCAAAGAGUUCCACCAGUACGUCCUCCGGGACCGGGAGAUUUCCGUGCAGCUGCAGCCGACCGACGCGCUGCUGUGCAUCGCCAACUUGCCCCGAGCCUUCAGCCAGCAGCAGUUCGAGGAGCUGGUGCGGCCCUUCGGCAACCUCGAGCGCUGCUUCCUGGUCUACAGCUCGUCCACGGGGCGUUCCAAAGGCUACGGCUUCGUGGAGUACAUGAAGAAGGACUCGGCGGCCAGGGCCAAGUCCGAGCUGCUGGGGAAGCAGCUCGGUUCUCGCAUGCUGUACGUCCACUGGACCGAGGUGGGCUCGCUCACGUACCCGCUGCUGCACUCCAGGUGUCUGUGUGUGGACCGCCUGCCCGCGAGCCUCCUGACCGCUCAGGAUCUCCGCCAUUCCCUGUCCGACACUCACAUGCCUGUCUUCUGUCAGCUGGCUCAGGGACAAGAUGGAAGUUUCCGGCGUUUCGCCGUGUUGGAGUUUUCCACUGCAGAGAUGGCUGAGGAGGCACAGCGCCUCGCAGAUGGCAGGCUGCUGGGCGGGACACACAUCAGGGUGUCCUUCUGUGCCCCCGGCCCUCCUGGAAGAAGCAUGUUGGCUGCUCUGAUCGCUGCACAAACCAUGGCUUUAAACAGAGGCAAAGGUCUCCUCCCUGAUCCCACAGCCCUGCAGAUACUCACAGGCUUUAAUAACUCUGCCACCCUCAAGAUGCUGCUCAACCCUCUGUCACAGGGACACAAGCAAGGCCUCCUGGGAGCAGCCCCUGCAAUGCCGCUGCUAGCCAACCCYGCUCUCUCAGCUGCCCUGCUGCAGGUGCUCCUACAGAACCAGGCCAAAGCCCAGCAGCAAGCUUUUCUGGGGAAUCAGCUUCUUUGGGCUCAGGUGCUGCACAGUAAAGAAAACCCUCUUUUCCCUUGUGCAGGACUCAUCGGGGACAAUCCUCUGGCUGCUCUGCCCAUCCAGCAGGGAGUCCAUCUGCUGGGAGAUGUCCCUCAAGGUCUCCAGUCAGAUCCUCUGGCCCCCUUAAAGCCACUGUCACUUGGCAGGGCCCUGUCACGAGAGCAGGAAUCUCCCACAUCAGUGUGCAGCUACCCCCAGACUUCUCCCCCCACACUACCAGGCGUUUCCUUUCCCCUGAUGGGAGGCAUGAUGGGGGCAGACAUGCUCGCAGCACAAGGGGUACUGAGUGAACUCUCAAAAGAUGUGAACCUUCCCCAGAGCGCCUUCCUCAAUGCCAACAAUACGUUUUCCUCGGGAGCAAGCUGCAGACCUCACCCCUACAGGAAAAGGCCAACAUUAAGUAAUUUGUCCAACCAGUACACCCAUCAAAACAUGCAGCAGAAUUUUAAUCUGCGCUACCAGGACUCUUACAGCCCUGAAUAUCCUCCUCUACACCAGGAUGCCCUGGCCCACUUGUACGAACAGCAGGAGAACGUUGAUAGUGGCGUCUCGGCAGGAUUCAGUCAGCAGCUCCCUCAUCACCUCGGCUACAGCGAGCGGUUUUCCAGCUACUCUUACCCCUGCAGCCCGCCCCCCUCCUCGUUCUUCAGCUCAGGGUCUGAGGUUUCCRGUGACGGCAGCCUCCCCACCGCCCACCUCAACAGGGCUGUGGGAAUGCCUCCAGGAAGCCACCCUGACAGCUGCUCCUCAGGCCUGGGGAAUAUCAUGAAGACACCGAUCGGAAGCCACAAACGCGUCUUCUCCCGCCUGAUCCCAUCUCCAGAGCCGAGCCCCGAGGGGGGCUACGUGGGCCAGCACUCCCAAGGCCUGGGUGGUCACUACGCAGACUCCUACCUGAAGCGUAAGCGUAUAUUCUGAAACUAGGCGAACGUGGCUCUUGCUGUCGGAUUAGCCGAGGACACAGCGGCGUCUUUUCCAAAGGACUCAGUAGCCUAGUUGUCCUUGGGUGACCCCUAGAGGGCAGCGGAUAGCUGUUUGAAAAGCUGUCACUCAAUGAAAUCUAGUGUUUUAUUUCUUUUCCUCUGUUGUAUUUACUGUUUUUUUUGUAAAUCUGCUGUUUUAGUUUGCCUUUGAGUUGUAAUUUCUUGUUCAACUUGUACAAAGAGAAAAAAAGGUUAAAUAAGUUUUUUUUAAUUAUUCCUAUGUUGAGUGAUGUGACAGUUUUGCCAGUUUACAGUGCUCCUUUUUAUUUUAUUUUAUUUUUAUAAUAGUUGGCAUUUUUUAAAUGUCAUCCUGUCCUCAGUUUCAAAGGGACGUACAGAAUAUUAUUAGAAGCUUUAAGUCAAGGGUUUACUUUUUUAAAUGGCCCUCUUUAAUUUUAUGUAAAAAGUUCAAAAGUUCAAGAUGUUCUAUGUUUUUCUCCUCCCCUCCACAGAAUUGUCUUAUUUUCUUUAGAACUGGAUUGUGAAACCUCCACAUUGCUUAACACGCAGCUUUCCAUCCACCAAUGCUAUUUGUGCCUGAUGGUGUGUUUUAUGAAAUGAAGCUUCACCUUUCUGGGAUGUUUUUUUUUUUUUUAACCCUUUUUCCACGUCGUUCGUCUUUUCGAUCCUCACCCUCCAAACCUCAUUUUCACAACGUCUGUUCUCUCUGCACCGGUUGUCCAGUGGCUGGUCACAACUUGUUCUCACGUGUAAAAGAUGCCAUUUCAACUUUGCUUUCACUCAUUUGUCCCACUUUUCUUGUGUGUGAAUUUAGUGUUUUUCAGUGUCUGAAAACAUCACUACCUUGUUGGUUGAGCUGGAUGAUGGGGUCAGUGGGUGUGAGCGUUCUGCCACCUGCUGAGCAGAAAAUGCAGAAGCGUAUUGCAACUUCUCAUCUGUCUAAUAAUAAYGAAAGCUCGAGGCAGAUGAUUGGUYGUGUCCUUAACAUUUUUUAAAACUUAAUUUCUAUAAUUAUCUGGUUGACAGUUUGAUUGUUUAAAACUUAUUACCUCUGACUUCUGCUCAAGAAGCAGCUACACUUGAACCUGAACAAUAUUCUUAUUUUAUCUUUUUUUUUUUCCUGUGGCGAUCAUCCUGCCCUGUGUUGGCCUCCAUCUUUUAUUUCCGUGUUAAUUUGCUGUGUAAAUAGUUAGUUUGCUCACUUUUCGAGUCCAAGCCUUUUCUUUUGUGGUCGGGUGUUUUAAAUGAUAUUUGCUGCUCUCUUCUUUUUUGUGUGCGUUUUGUUGUAUUCCAGUGAAGUGUUUCAGAGUGGCGCCACGGCGGACCCUUMAUGUUGAGUAUGGACCCAGAGAUUACAGCUGUACUGUGUGUUCAUCAUUCAGUUUGAUUGGAUUUCAACUGCUGUCCUCUGAUCUGUACCAUCAUGACUUGUCUCAGUUUUUGUGUGAUGUGUGCAAGUAAAUGUUAUUUAAACUAGU